AUGCUAACGUCUUGUUUUAAUUUUCUCUCUCUUCUCUUUCUCUUCAGCGAACAUGUCAGUCGGACAACGGAGUUGCCAAGUGGGGUGGAUAACGUAGAGGUAGAGAACUGCCUUGUCAGUGCGACUACUGACACCUCUGAGGAUGAUAAUGGUGCGACCACUGCUUCCGCUAGCACGCAAAUCUCUGCUGAUGCACCACAUGGUGCUGCCAAUGACAUCGCCGCUGGUUGCGACAAAGUCUGCGCAGAGAAGGUUGCUCAGCUCAAGCCAGCCCUCAAGGGAUCGUCGCCGCGUCCCUCGGGGCUUCGCGUCAAGUGGGCUGCUGACGUGUACGAUCCGAUUCCGAGCCUCAUCUCCCACACUGUUGGGAGGCGCAACCAACGCAAGAUUUAUUCCAGGAGGCAGCGGAAUGAACACGCCGGGAAGGGGAAGCAUGGAAAGGGUUCCAAGAGCAGCAAGUCCUCCAAGAAAUCUUCCAAGGAGAAUGUUUCGGAGAAGGUGCCGGCUCGGGAGGCGGAAAAACCACCUGCUAGCUGUCCCGCAUCAAGCAGCCAGGACAAGCUUUGUGAAUCGACAGGAGAACGCGCAAAUGUUCAGGACGUCGUUAAGGAGGAGGAUGCCGAGACUGCAGUAGUGGAAAAGAAAGACGAGUCGUUAGACGACGAUGGGUGGUCUAUCGUUGUUCCCAAGUCUCAUGGUCGUCGAUCAGGUCUCGGAGCUCACUCGCCGUCUUCCAGCCCUCCUCUGGCCAGCUGCAGCCCGCCAGAGAAAGAUUUCGCUCUUGCUUCGAUAGAAAGCCUCGAGACAACAUUCAUCACUGUCUUGGAUGCAGAGGAGUGCCCGCCUUCGUCCAGUAAACCUGACGGUGUUUCGCUGUUUGUUAAGGUUGGCAGUUCAGGUUUGGAGGAGGACAACCAGCUGUUUUCUCCUGAGAGCACUUUGGAAAAUCCGGUCUUCACCUCCAGAGAGGGCUCCCCUGAGCUUUCUUCCAGUCCACCUGCUUCAAUCAAUCUUCUGGAGCGGGCUGGAACUUCGGUCUUCAUUCAAGAGCAUCAGUCAGAUGUCAAGCAGAGGUCUAGCACGCACAAGUCAAGUUCGCUCCUUGCCAAGGUCUCCAUGGAGCGGCUGGCUGGUGCCACAGCUCUCGCACAUGGGAAGGUGCAGGAGGGUAGGCGGCUGAUUUUCAGUGCAUACAUGUCUGCUCGGAAGCAUGGAAUGAAGGGUGAAGUGGCUCGCUGCCUCAGGCUGAUUGCAGACACCCAGACGGGUCAAGAUCGGCUCAGUAGUUUGAAUGCUGCAGUUGAAGGGCUUGCCGUGGCUGGUGUGCCAUUUGAACAUGCUGAAGCUCUACUGUGUCUUGCACAAGCUGAGGUCCAAGAAUCGAUCAGUCUCUCAGGGUUUGCAUACACAAGCAUUGACGUAGUGGCUUCGCUCGAGAAGCUGAGCUAUAGCCUUGAAGUGCCACAGCAGAAUGCACGCUUGAUGAAGGCCAAGUCUCACCUCAGGACUGCUGCUGGCCUGCUAAUGACUGAGCUUUCAUCUUCCAAGUAUCGCUCUUGCUCCAAGAGCGUCAUGAGCCAGUAUAACUCCCCUACCGGGAGAAGGAAGAGCAGCAGUGGUUCCAAGAAAUCCAAGAAGCCUGAUUUGUUGGAAGAGGAGAGGUCCACGCUGUCGGGUCUAUUGGGAAGUGUUCAUGAGCUGACUGGGAAGGUGGGGAUUCUGAUGCAGCAGUUGGAUGAUGCCAACGCUGCCCUGCAUGCUGCCGCCUCAAAUGAGGACUGGCGCAAAGGCAGUCGGGAAGAGGCUGCUCAGGUUGAUGGAUUAUUGAAGCACCUUCUUGCUGGAAAGUUCUCUAGCAGGACUGUUGCUGCUUGA